AUGGCUGUGAAACACAGUAACUCCCUGAAGUUCUCCUGCAGUAACUCUGUCUCUGAGCUUCAUGCUGUGUUUCUCUUCAUACUAGAUUCAUGCAAUCUUGAGGAAAAAUCUUGUGAAAUUCUGGGAUCAGUACUGCAACUGGUAAACUCUUCCCUGAAAGAUCUGGACCUCAGUAAAAAUGACCUUCAGGAUUCAGGAACAAAGCUGCUCUCUACUGGACUGAAGAGUCGACACUGUAAACUGGAGAUACUCAGGUUAUCUGGUUGUAUGAUUACAGAGGAAGGCUGUUCUGCUCUGACUUCAGCUCUGAGUUCAAACCCCUCACACCUGAAAGAACUGGAUCUGACCUACAACCACCCAGGAGAUACAGGAGUGAAGCUGCUCUCUGCCAGACUGGAGGAUCCACACUGCAGACUGGAGACUCUCAGGGUGGAUUAUGGGGGGGAGGUCAGGAUGAAACCAGGACUAAAGAAAUAUUCCUGUGAUGUCACUCUGGACCCAAACACAGCAAACACUCGUCUCUCUCUGAGUGAGGAGAACAGAAAGGUGGUGAAUGUGGAGGAGAGUCAGUCGUAUCCUGAUCAUCCAGAGAGAUUUGAUGUCUGGGAUCAGUUUCUCUGUAGAGAGACUCUGACUGGACGCUGUUACUGGGAGGCUCAGUGGAGCGGAGAUGUUUAUAUAGCAGUGACUUAUAAAGGAAUCAGGAGAAAAGGAAUCAGUUAUGAAUGUCGGUUAGGAUGGAAUGAGAAUUCCUGGAUUCUGAGCUGCUCUAAUAUCAGAUUCUCUGUCUGGCACAAUAAGAUCAUCACUGCUGUCUCUGCUCCCUUCUCUCAGUCUAACAGAGUAGGAGUGUAUCUGGACUGUCCGGCCGGCUCUCUGUCCUUCUACAGCGUCUCCACGGAAACACACAGACUGACCCAUUUACACACUUUCAGCUGCUCCUUCACUGAACCGCUUUACGCUGGAUUUGGACUUUAUAGUACUGGCUCCUCAGUGUGUGUGAGAUGAAUAUAAAUGUGAGCUGGAGUUUGUAGGACCGACACUCACAUACUGAGAUAUUUCACAGUCACUGCCUGGAGAUUUUGUUGUUCUCCAUGUUUCAUUAUUUGUAGCUAC